AAAGUAAACUAUUAAGUUUCCCAAUUUUUUUUCAAUCUUUCUUUCCACUGUCACCAUGAAUCAAUUCAUCAAGAAUUCAAGAUUGGUUGGUAGGUUCUUUCAUUUCAGUAAAAUAAACCAAAAAAAUACUCAAAGGCCUCACCAAUUUUGCAAUAUUUCUGAGUCUUGGAGAUCUAUGGAAAGUCUUGUUAAAUGUGAUGCAAAUUUUGUUCCAUUAACACCAUUAAGUUUCUUGGAAAGAGCAGCUAAUGUUUUUAGAGAUAGAACUAGUGUUAUUUAUGGUGAAAAAUUGAAGUAUAAUUGGGAAGAGACUCAUAAUAGGUGUGUAAAGCUUGCUUCUGCUUUGGUUCAUUUGGGAAUUUCUCAUGGUGAUGUGGUUGCAACAUUGGCCCCUAAUGUACCAGCAAUGCAAGAGCUACAUUUUGCAGUACCAAUGGCCGGAUCAAUUCUCUGUACUUUAAAUACACGCCACGAUUCAGCUAUGUUAUCAAUACUACUGAUGCAUGCGGAAGCAAAGGUCAUAUUCGUGGAUCAGCAGUUCCUCGAAAUUGCUCGAGGAGCACUAGCUCUUCUUGCUGACAAGAAACAAAAACCACCUAUUCUUGUUGUAAUCCGUGAAUCCGACUCUGACACUCACGAUCUCGAAUAUGAAAGUUUUCUCAAAAGUGGGGACAGCGAUUUUACUAUAAGAUGGCCGAAAACAGAAUUUGACCCUAUUAGUAUUAACUAUACUUCUGGAACAACGUCGCGACCCAAAGGAGUUGUUUACAGUCAUAGAGGCGCGUAUCUCAAUACUAUCGCCACAUUUUUGCUUCAUGAGAUGAGUUCGUUCCCCGUUUAUCUUUGGACGGUUCCAACUUUUCACUGCAACGGUUGGUGCAUGGUUUGGGGUCUUGCAGCAUUAGGUGGCACAAGCAUUUGUCUUAGAAAUGUCUCUCCGGAAGACAUAUUCGAAAACAUUUCUCUCUACAAAGUCACACAUAUGGGUGGGGCACCGACUGUCUUGAACAAAAUCGUGAAUUCACUCCCCUGUGGUCUAAAGCAGCUUCCUCACAAGGUUAAGAUAAUGACGGGUGGUUCACCGCCACCUCCCCAAGUCAUUUCCAAAAUGGAGGAGCUAGGGUUCAGAGUAAAUCACUUAUACGGGCUUACAGAGACAUAUGGUCCAGGUACUUAUUGUUUGUGGAAGCCCGAGUGGGAUUCUUUGCCUCCGGACGAAAAAUUUAUACUGAAAGCAAGACAAGGAGUACAACAUCUUUGUUUAAAAGAAGUCGAUGUAAGAGAUUCUACCACCAUGGAAAAAGUGCCGGCUGAUGGUAAGACGAUUGGAGAAAUUAUGUUUAGAGGGAAUACUGUAAUGAGCGGAUAUUUAAAAGACACAAAAGCGACAGAGGAAGCUUUUAGAGGGGGAUGGUUUCACAGCGGUGAUCUUGCUGUGAAACAUCCUGAUGGUUAUAUAGAAGUUAAGGACCGGUUGAAAGACAUUGUAAUUUCCGGUGGAGAAAACAUAAGCACGGUCGAGGUUGAACGUAUUUUGUAUAGUCAUCCAGCAGUUCUUGAAGCAGCAGUAGUUGCAAGACCAGAUAAUCACUGGGGGCAGACGCCUUGCGCGUUUGUGAAGUUGAAGGAUGGAUUUAGUGUUGGCGAUCAAGAAAUUAUCAAGUUUUGUCGGGAUAAUUUGCCUCAUUACAUGGCACCUCGGACAGUCAUAUUCGAAGAUAUUCCUAAAACUUCGACGGGAAAGAUACAGAAAUUUAUCCUGAGGGAGAAAGCGAACGCCUUGGGCAGUCUUUUCUAGAAUUAAAUGAAGCAGCAGUAUUCGCUGAAAAUCUCUGUAUAAUCUGUUGAUAAUUGGUAGUAAUAACAGCCCAAUUGUGUCUCUAAAUUUAUGUAUGCUUUUCCCUGCAAAUACAUAUAACUAAAAAUGGGAAUUGCCCUGUCUGAACACUUAAAAGGACUUGAAGAGAUGUAUAAAUUGCAGUCGUUUUGUUGAUGAAUUCAAUAAUCAUUCCUCGUCUUCA